CCUGAGCGGCGCCCCCAGUCCUAACGGCGCUUCCGGCCUGGGGAGCCGGGAUGUGCGUCCGGGUUGGGUUGGCCCCAGCGAGCUGUUUCCUCUCGCUUCCCCUCCUUUCCCCGUUCCCUGCCUCUCUCCCUGCCUCGCCGUCGCUGAGGUGGAGCUGCCGCCGAGCCCUCUGAGGGAGAGCCGCCCGCCCCGCUCCUGCAAGGGAACCGAAUCAAUUGUUUCCUGAAUAAGCCAGAGUCACCUGAGACACAAAGAUGUUGGAAGAAGAUAUGGAGGUGGCUAUCAAGGUGGUAGUAGUAGGAAAUGGAGCUGUUGGGAAGUCCAGCAUGAUUCAGCGAUACUGUAAAGGGAUUUUUACAAAAGACUACAAGAAAACUAUUGGUGUAGAUUUCCUGGAAAGACAAAUCCAAGUUAAUGAUGAAGAUGUCAGACUAAUGUUAUGGGACACUGCAGGUCAAGAAGAAUUUGAUGCAAUAACUAAGGCCUACUACAGAGGAGCCCAGGCUUGUGUUCUUGUAUUUUCUACAACUGACAGAGAGUCCUUCAAAGCAAUCCCUACCUGGAAGCAAAAAGUUGUGACUGAAGUUGGAGACAUUCCCACAGUUCUUGUGCAGAAUAAGAUUGAUCUUCUUGAUGACUCUUGCAUAAAGAAUGAAGAGGCAGAAGCACUGGCAAAAAAGCUGAAGUUAAGGUUCUAUCGAGCCUCUGUGAAGGAAGACCUAAACGUAACGGAAGUUUUUAAGUACUUAGCUGAUAAAUAUCUUCAAAGGCUCAAGCAACAGACAGCCGAAGAUACAGAACUAGUACAUACAAGCAGUAACAAGAUUGGUGUUUUUAACACAGAUGGUGGAAGUGACUCCAACCAGAAUUCUAGCACUCUUAAUGGAGGAGAUGUCAUCAACCUGAAACCAAACAAACAGAGGACCAAGAAAAACAGAAGUCCUUUCAGCAACUGCAGCAUACUUUAGACCACUUUGGGAGGAAAAAAAACCAAGCCAGUGAAUUGGAUGAAGUUGUGCAAUUGAAUACAGAAUAAAGCCAGCUGUAGAGGUAUUUUUACCAGUGCUUUAGCAAAUCUUGUGCCUAUGGGAUCCUUGAGAGAGGGUGGAUUUAUGUAACCUUGCUGAUGCAGUUGUUUUGGGUGUUCGGAGUGAGACACCUGGUGGCAAAACACAGAACCGCGGCUGCCCCGUGCACUUCGUAUAAAUUAGGCAAGCUUCUUUUUCAAGGAAUUAUUUCCAGAGCUAUGAACUAGGUAUUGCUGAAUUGCAAAGCACAUUUAGCACAAGGGUAAUACUUACACGUAUAGGUACAGACUGUUUGUCGUGGUUUAAACCCAGCCAGCAACCAAGUACCACACAGCCGCUUGCUCACUGCCACAUCCCUCCCUCCUUCCCAGGUGGGAUGGGGAGGAGAAUCAAAAGAACGUAAACCCCAGGGGUUGAGAUAAGAACAGUGUAAUAACUAAAGUACAAUGUUACAGAUAAUAGAAAUAACACCAACAGUAACAAUACUGAUAAUAGUAGGGAACAACAACAACAAAAAAAAGAUAAGUGAGAAUUCAGAAAACCCAAGUGGUGCACAAUACAACCACUCACCACCCACUGACCGAUAUCCAGCCUGACCUGAGAAGUGAUACAGGCCUUCCGGCUAACUCCCCCCAGUUUAUAUACUGGGCAUGAUGUGCUGUGGUAUGGAAUACCCCUUUGGCUAGUUUGGGUGAGGUGUCCUGUCUCUGCUUCCUCGUGGCUUCUUGUGCCCCUCCUCACUGGCAGAGCAUGACACUGAAAAGGCCUUGAUCAGGGUAAGCGCUGCUGAGCAACAACUAAAAUAUCAGUGUGUUCCCAGCAUUGUUCUCAGACUAAAGCCAAAACACAGCACUGCACCAGCCACUGGGAAGAAAAAUAACUCUAUCCCAACUGAAACCAGGACAUCAUAACACUAUGGGCAAAGGUAAAGCAGCAACCUUGAAGCUAAAUUUCAAACAAAACAGUAGAAUAGGUUAGACAGGACACUAAGAAGAUAAAUGAAGAACAAAAAGAAGACACUAUAUGUCUGACUAUAUUAUACGGAUUCUGGCAGUUCUGUUGGUGCAAUAUAUUUGUGUUAUGUACGAGUGGUGAGGUAUAUGUAAACAUUUGGUGUGAAUAUUUAGGCUAAAUUCCAGUGUAUUUGUUACUUGGAGAUCAGCCAGUGAGCAUAAAAUAGCAUCUUCCAAAAAAAGUUCCCUUUCAGAAUGUUGCAUUUCAGAUGAGGCUUUCCCAGCCACCACUGUGUAUAUUUAACUUGCUCUACUUUGGGCCUAAAAGCUUAGAUUUAAAAAUGUAUGGUGCCAAAAAUGCUCCUUUUUACUUAAUGCAGUGCUACAAAUGUUUUUAUAAUUUUGUUUUUCUCUGUCUUAACCAGUUGAACAAAUAACAGGGUCUUUGACACUAAUAGAUAUUCAGAAGAAACAUAUAAUCAUAUUUCCCUUCAAAUUCGGUUGUUGUAUCCUUGUUGUCUAUGAAAAAGGAACUUGGCAACAUUGUGUCACAAACCACUUCUCUGGAAAAUUGUUUCGUAGAUACCAUAAACUAAGUCAUGGAGGAUCCAAAAACCUUGCAGCUGGUGACUGAAUUACAUUUGUGAGACAUUCUUGAAUGUCAUCUCACAUUAAAGUUAGCUGCUGGCUACACAAAAUCUGAUUCUGCAGGAUCAGAGACAUGGCAAAAAUUGCUCAAAGUGCUUAAAUAACGCUACAGAAUUGAUUUAGAUAUUUAGGAGUCCAAAUCUAACUUCAAGUAAUACGGGCUUAGGCUCCUAAAUCACUACGGUGCUGUUAAAAAUGCUAAGCAAGGUAUCUUUUAUUGACCAAAAAUAAACACUUUUUAAUCUUCUCCAAGAGCACACA